GUAGGACGCGCCAGCGUUUGUAUGGAACUUCCACGGAAGUAGCGGUGAUGCUAAUAAUGCUAAUAAUGUUAGCUCACUGUUGUGGACGGAGAUGAAGCUGUUGGUUUGAGUCUGGAUGUGGUUGAAGAAAUGAUGGUCUGUAAGUCCUGUCCCAGGCUGUGUUCCCGGUCCUCGGCCUACACUCUGGCCCUGGGCCUGGGCUUUGUCACUUUGGGAACCAGUCGUAUCCUGCUCCUCAAAUUCUCUGCCAAUGCUGAGAACAAGUACGAUUUUCUGCCUGCUUCUGUCAAUCUCCUGGCUGAGGCACUCAAACUGCUCUUCUGUCUGGUCAUGUCACUCAGGGUCGUGUUUCAAGAGGGACGAUCGUGCAAAGAGCUGGGCUGUUCCUCCUCCGCCUCCUUCCUCCGGUCCCUGAAGUGGUCCGUCCCUGCUUUCCUCUACUUUCUGGACAACCUCAUCAUCUUUUAUGUGAUGACCUACCUGCAGCCUGCCAUGGUAGUGCUCUUCUCAAACUUUGUCAUCCUGACCACAGCGGUACUCUUCAGAAUUGUUCUGAAGCGGCGCCUGUCCUGUGUUCAAUGGGCAGCCUUAGUUAUCCUCUUCCUGUCCAUUGUUUCCCUGACGACUGGAUCAGGAGCCAACCAACAUUCCUCAGCUGUGCCAGGUCUCCAUGGCAAACAUUUCUCCACCCUGUCCAACUCCUGUGUGCUGUACACCCACCUGCUGGAGCAGAUGAGGAACAGCAGUGCCAAUGAGUCCUGGGUGUCCUCGCUGCCGGGUCAAGCCUGGAGGGACCAGUUAGUCGGGAAGCUUCGGUCCCUUGGUGUUGGUUACAUCCUCCUCCUUCUGCUGUGCUUCAUUUCUGCAAUGGCCAACAUCUACAAUGAGAAGAUCCUGAAGGAAGGAAACCAGCUGACUGAGAGCAUCUUCAUUCAGAACAGUAAACUGUAUGCGUUUGGUCUGGUGUUUAAUGGUCUGUCCCUGGGGCUCAGCAGUGAGGCACGAGGUCUCACCAUACACUGUGGCUUCCUCCAUGGACAUAAUGUCUACUCUCUGGGUCUGGUGGUGAUCACGGCGGCUCUGGGUUUAUCUGUGGCCUUCAUCUUGAAGUUCAGAGACAACAUGUUCCAUGUGCUGACAGCCCAGAUCACCACUGUUCUGGUUACCGCCCUCUCCUUCUUCCUCUUCAACUUCCGCCCUUCGCUGGAUUUCUUCCUCCAGGCUCCUGUGGUGCUCUUGUCCAUUUUUAUCUACAAUGCCAGCCGACCCAAAGACCUGGAGUACACCCUUCAGCAGGAAAAACUGCGAGUCAUCAAUGGAGAAGUGUUUGAGAGAUCCAGAGGGGAUGGUGAAGAACUGGAGCGACUGACCAAACCUGGCACGGACAGCGACAGUGAGGACGACUCACUGUAGGAGCGCGCGCCUUUCACGUCACUCUGACAAGAGCGCACGCCGUGCCGUGACCAAAACGUUCAUCCAUCACACACCCACAGCGCUGAUAUUCACAGACGCACUGGAUCUCCUCACUGAAAGAACUGACUGUCUAGAACUCUGAAAGUGCCCGACAACUGACCUGCGUCCAGUUUGUUGCUUUUCCUCUGUUAGUGUUUGUCUUCGCACGAAUUUCA